AUGGAGUCGAUUUACCUCCUUUUCAUCCUCUCCCUCCUCAUCGUCCUUUCGUCCGCCAUCAACGUUAACUCCCAACGUAGCUGGGCAGUCCUCGAGUCCGACAACAUCCAAACUGCUAGCCAGCACGAUGGCCUUCCAGGUAAUAACUCUUUCGGAUACGUUGCUUCGGCUACGGAUCCGGCAAACUUCAUCAAUUACUGCAGCAAGAGGGUCUUAACCAACGGCAAGUCCUCUAAGCAGGGAUCCUGCAAUGGAAUUGUGAUGGGCGAUAUUCCUUCGGACAAGAACAUGGUCUCGACCGUUAUUACUUUCCCGCUUCCUGACCAACUUCUCCCAGCGCAUAUACCUUUUGUCAUUGGAUUCCGAGUCUCAAACCUCAAUGCAGGAUCUGUGACCAACCCAAAUUUGACCCUUUAUUCCGCCCCUCAGGCUCUCCAGGACGGAAAGGUUUUUGGCCACGUCCACGUCACUAUUCAGUCUAUUUUCAAUUACAAAAAUGACGAGCUUGAAGGCUACGGAGUGCCCCCCGAUCCGACCAAGUUUGUUUUUUUCGAGACUGUCUUUGGUGAAGGAAAUGCCCUAAAUGGAUUCUCGGUCGUUGUGCCAGGAGGUCUACCAAUGGGUUUUUAUCGGGUGUGUACGAUGGCUGCGGCUAGCAACCAUCAACCUGUGAUUAUGCCGCAGUCAAGUAUCCCGAGGAUUCUAACAAUGCUAAAAGUAGCAGAUAUUGAAUGA